GUAAAUAAGAGGGUUGAUGAUGAAGCGUAGGUAGGGUGAAGGAGGGAACAAAAUGAAGGGUGCAAACUUGUUUAACCUAUUCCGAUUUUCCGCUUCAAAUUCAAUCUCGCGCUUCACUCUCACUGCAGAUUACAGCAAAUUCAAAUUCGCUUCCAUAAGAACUCUACUCAAACCGAACAACCUCCAACUCUCACUUUCCCCUCUUCAACUUGCCGCUAACUACCUCCGUACUUCCCGAUUAUAUGGCAGUUACAUAUGCGGUGGAAGCAUUUUAGGUGUGUCAAUUGCAUCUGCACCAAUUAUAGCUUAUGCCAUGGAUGCUGGGGAUGCAUUGGUGGGUGAUCAUGAAUCACAGGACGUUUCAGAGGAGGAAGAAAAUGUGCAUCACUGGUGGAGAUUGGCUAGGAAAUUUUGGCUUCCUGUUUUUUUCUUUCUUACAGUGUUGACUAACUUGGAUGACUCAAUUACAAUACUAUUCAUUAAGCUUACUUUGUUCCUCCUCAGCACAAAGCCCAACCCUUUCUCUGUAUAUGUAUUUGUUGAUCAGUUGUGUCAACAAUUUAUGCGCCAAGAAACAAGAUUUCUUAAAGUAAAGUCACUAUACGCCAGCAAAGUUGAAGUGCAGGACUAUAAGCUUCUUUGCUUGGCCGAUGUUGAAGUAAGAGAUCAAAAGUUCACUUUGGUUGGAAUUCUUGGUAGUUGGUGGACUUUGCCGCAUUUACCAUUUUGGGAAGCACUCUCUUAUGUUAGAAAUAGAAUUGAAAGCAUCUUGGUGAAAACAACUUAACAAGGCUCUUGACCAAGAGAAUCCAUUCAGCAAACCUAGAACCUAGUCGUUGAAUAAAAUUUGAACACAUUCUGAUUUGGCGUGAGACUUGCAGUGCAUGAUGCCAAUCGCCAGGUGAAGGGGCAUUGAAAAAGAACCGAGUUGCUGUGGAGAAAUUUUUUCUAUAUGCUUUCAGCUUUUUGCCAAGUGACAAUCUCGCAUGGAUCCUUUAAUUUGUUUCACGUGCUUGAUAUCGAUAUUCUUAGAUACUUAAUUGAUACAUAUUUGUAACGUAUCCUACUCAUUAAAGAAUAUAUGAAAAUUUAGUACAACUAGCCAUUAUCAGACAUAGAAACGUAUAUAAUAUAGAAAUAGAAGCAAUUAUCCCUUGAUGAACCA